AGGAGGUAUUGCUGGGAACUAGCUCAGACUGGCUACGUCAAACAUACCACUUUGCUGUAGAGAACCACUCAACAACAAGCAGACUCCAUAGUCUGAUCCUGCCAUCUUGAUCAAACAGGACCUGUAAGAAGCUGCAACGGAACUGUGCUACCAAGAGUUGUCAGAAUGUCAGUGACUGUGACCAAAGGUGAAGGAGUGACUGUGAUCACCCUGAACUCUAAAGAAGGAAGUGCUGUGCCCCUGCUGUGUCAAAUCCUUGGGACCCUGUGCUACACCCCAGCAUGCUCUCUGUCCCAGACACUGAGGAAGGUCCAAUCAAGUUCUCAAUUAAUUCUGGGGACUAUACAGAUCAUGGUGGGAAUUCUCAUAAUUGGCUUGGGAGCAGGUCUAGUUUCCAUUGGCAGUUGGACGAUAAUAGUUUGGACAAAAACUCCUUUUUGGCUUGGUGGUAUGAUUAUAGCGAGUGGCAUUAUGUGUAUCUUGGCUUCGAAGUUCCCCAGUCCCUGCUUGGUGGGAAUCAAUGUGUUUUUAAACCUGGUUGUUGCUGCUCUGGCCAUUACUGGUGUUGUGAUGUACGCCAUAGACGUGACUUAUGACCAUUUCACUUGGAUUUGUCAUGACAAUAUCUGGUACGACAACUAUUAUUGGCGCCAGACAACACCAGUGCCAUCCACUGAUGUUCAGGAGAUGAAGAAGAGGCUCUUGGAGCAAUGCGAAACUGCCAAGGCGAAGGCACAGAUGCUGUUCAUUGCUUUUGACGUGGUGCUCAUCGUCCUUGCAGUCCUUCAGCUUUUUGUCAACAUCAGCUCUGUUGUCUUGGGUCUCAAGGCUUUGUGCAAGAUUGGAAAGGAAAAGAACAUCCAGGACCUGGAGCAGUACAAACCUCUUCUGGAGGAGGUCACCACUAACCCUGCAGUUUAAAGAAAGCACCCAUCUGAUAUGAUGUACUUUCUUGUCUUUGAGAGGACAUCUGUCAUGGACAGUUAGUUCUGUUGCUUUGAAUGUAAUACACACAUUUAUAAUAUAAUGUCACUAGGUUUAGGUACAAACUGUUCAAAUGUUUUCUUACUGUAUCUUUGAUAUAUAAAAACUGCUAGCUACCUAGUAACAAUUUUUUCUCCUAAUAAUUUCACGCAGUGCCUCAAUGAAUCAGAUUGGCAGUUACAUAGUAGUGAGACUGUUUGCACUAAACAGUUUAUAUUAUUCACUAUGGCAAUAAAGUGAAUGUAACAAUAUUA